AUGAAGCUCUCCAAAAAGGCCUUGGCUAACAAGGUCAACUCCGUGCGUCCUUACAAAUCGCGCACCAAGAGACCCUGCGACUUCUGCCGCCGGAGGAAAACAUGUUGUAUCAUCGAAAAGUCCACCCCCUGUUUGGCGUGUGUUCAGUUCAACAAGGGCAAUUGCACUUUUGUCUCGGGUCCCUUGAAAAGGGUCAAGAGGAGUGACGCCAAGGAGGUGCCCGUGGUGGACUCCAAGGAGCCUGCUGCUCCUUUGCUUCCGGGCUACGACUACCACGACCACGACCACGACCAUAACCACGACCAGACCCCCUCGGCCUCGGCCCCAUCCUCCACUUCCACCCAGGCCCUCCAGCCGCCCCUUCAGAGCACCCCCAGUGCGCUCCAGAGCAGCUUCGAGGCCAGUCUCAGCGGGAUGCAAAGCUCCACCGCCGCACUAGGCUACGGAUAUGACUCGCUUCCGGGGCCGAACGCCUUCCACAGUCCACACCCGCUCUCCAACAGCUCCAACCUGGGUCAGCUGUCGCCUCACACACCAGCAUACAGCUUCCAGACGAAAUGGGGCUCGGGGGACAACGCUCAAGGCAUAGUGGUGAAUGGGCCACCGGAGCUGCGGCAGCUGAUGCUGAGCAACUCGAGCCUGCUAAGCAACAUGAGCACGGUGAGUGCCUUGAGCAUGGGCACGUACCAGGCUACAUAUGACGAUGCCACCACCACGACGUUCCCUGGUUACACGGGGCUGACGGGGUGGACAGACACUAGCGACUACGACUCAUUUGUCAUGGAGCAGAUGCCGGAGGAGCUCAAGCGAGACUACCAGACGCUGGUGCUGGGCGAGGUGUCUGGCUCUUUGAUGGCGCCUGUGCAGGUGCUGGCGUAUGACCACUACGCAGAGGCGUAUACUGACUCUCUUGUUCAGAUGGAGUAG